CUAAAUGGUGUAAAAUUAUCUCCCUUUGCUCUUAAAGAUACAGUCAGUGAAAUGCAGAGCAUGUGCUCAGUGAGGGGCAGUCUUGCCUGGAGGUGGGUAACUUGAGGUUAGCUCAGUUGUUUAGAUCAUGGUGCUAGUAAUGCCAGGGUUGUGGGUUUGGUUCCUAUGUGGGCCAUUCACUUAAGAGUUGGACUUGAUCAUCCUUGUGUCUGCCUUCCAACUGAGAAUAUUCUGUGAUUCUGGACUUUGGGAUGGAGGUCUGUGUUAAAUGAUAAUGAACCAAGUUCAUCCAAGGAGAGUGAUUUCACCACAGUUGCUGGUUCAACAGAAAGACAUCUUAUGUCUCCCUGGGGGACAGGUGCUAUGUGGUUUAUCAGAUAAAAAGUACCCCUCCCUGCAGGGAUUUCAACAGUGCCUGGCCAUGGUGUCUUGGCUACACCCCCCAUUUCAUCCCCCUUAGCAGCUGCUUGAGGUUGCAGGCUGUUUGUAUGGGCAGUCAUUGUGGAAUAGCUUUUAGUCAUGCUGACCACAUUCCAUCCAGAAGAAGCAACUGCACUUGACCCUAUAAUUCCCAUAUCAUUAUAAUUUCUGUUAGGAUGUGAAUAUAGCUUCUCAGUUUCCUCCCAUUGCAACCCCAGCCAUCUUUCCACAUAAUCCACCCAUGACUAGUCACUCAAACUUCACAAUAUCCAAAUAGAAUUUAAGAAUGUUUCACACUUUUAUUAUAGAGUGCAGAUCAUCUAAUACAUUUCUAGUGUGUGGUUAUCUGGUAUUAUUGAGGGUAGCCAAUAGGCUAAUUGUUUCAUAAUUAUCCAAACCUUAACAUACAAUAUGAUUAUUAGAUUACCAUCAACAACAUAACAACAGGGUGAAGACUGUUGAGAAUUCUGGUAGCUUUUAGUGACCAUCCAAAAAGGGUGUCCCGCCACUUUAUUCACAUACUCCAUCACGUGAUUUAUUUCUUCUGUAUCAUGAUGGACAGUAAACAAAGUCUGUUGUUCAUUUUUUUUGCAUUUGUUUUCAACAAGCAGCUCAGGUCUUCAUGGUAUAACAGUUUCUUUAGCAGCAUGAGGUUCAUACCAAUGGGAGUAGGCUGCAAUCUUGAAUCAGAGUAUAAUUAGAUUCUAGUAUUUUAAUAGGAUACGUAAGAGCUGAAUAAUUUAAAUCACAUUCCAUAACGUUGGCAAAGUUACAGCACAAAUAUGAGAGUGAUUACUUGUGUCUACAGCAAUGUUGUCCACAAAUACAAAAUCACAAGAGGGUCUCAUAAAAGCUCAUCCUUUACCAAUAUACACAGUUUCCAAGUUUUCAUUAAGAUGAAUCUCAAAAUGAGAAAUAUUUUGCUCAGUGUCAUGACAAAUGCCUUGGGUUUUGGUGUUGUUAUGUUCAAAAACUUACCCUUGUUGCCCUCAUGCAAUGUGCAUAUUGGCAUCAGUAGUCUUCUAUUUAUUUCCAUCUUUUCAGGCCCAUACUCUAUGCUUCAGAGGAUGAGUAUAGUUCUGUUGUGGUUUAAUCCUAAUGCAAGGACUGGGUAUAUAUCAUACAGUGAAAGCAUUACGUAUUGUAAACACAAAAGCUGUUGCUGUGCUGCUGAUAGGAUCAUAGGUAAAAUUGACUAAGUACCAGCAGAACUGGAAUUUCUUUGCAAUUCACUUGUAUUAUCCCAAAUUACCUCUCAAAUUUCAAUGAGUAAUGGUUUCUUCGCCUUCCCUUGUGAUUGUAGCUGUCAUCAGUGCAUCCACAGCUGAGCUUGUAUAGAAGAGUCAUCCUGAUGUACAUAAAUUCAGUGUGGAGACAGUCCAGUGGUAUCCUCAUGACACUGGCAUAUUUACAUCGAGCUCAUUUGAUAAAACCUUGAAAAUAUGGGAUACAAACACUUUACAACCUGCAGAUAUAUUUCACUUUGAAGGGACAGUCUAUAGCCAUCACAUGUCUCCAGUUGCUACAAAGCAUUGCUUAAUAGCAGUUGGUACCAAAAGCCCCAAAGUACAGCUCUGUGACUUGAAGUCUGGAUCCAGUUCUCACAUUCUUCAGGGUCACAGACAAGAAGUAUUGGCAGUGUCUUGGUCCCCACGUCACGAAUACAUAUUGGCAACAGGAAGUGCUGAUGGUAGAGUAAAAUUAUGGGAUGUGAGGAGAGCUUCUGGAUGUCUGAGUACACUUGAUCAGUACAAUGGAGAAAAGUCCAAAGCAUCUUCUGAGACAGCAAACACUGCUCACAAUGGGAGAGUUAAUGGUUUAUGCUAUACAAAUGAUGGACUUCACCUGCUAACUAUUGGUACAGAUGAUCGGAUGCGACUCUGGAAUAGCUCCACUGGAGAAAACACCUUAGUGAACUAUGGGAAAGUCUGUAAUGAAAGUAGGAAAGGACUCAAAUUUGCCAUCUCUUGUGGCUGUAAUCCAGAGUUUGCCUUUGUUCCAUAUGGAAGUACCAUUGCUGUUUAUACAGUUUUCACAGGCGAGCUGGUAACUAUGCUUAGAGGGCAUUAUAGUACUGUCAACUGCUGUGUAUUUCAACCUCAUUUUCAGGAACUUUAUAGUGGUAGCAAAGACUGCAAUAUCCUUGCGUGGAUACCAGCUCCGCGAGAGCCAGUUCCUGAUGAUAUUUCUGAAAAGUCUCUGCCUCAACAACGUGUAAAUCCAGCAUAUGAAGACGCAUGGAGCAGCAGUGAUGAUGAAGGCUGAAUUUAAAUUAUGAGCUGAUAUAAAAUUGACAUUCAGCCACUGCAUUCACAGACUUUUACAGAAUUGGACAUUGUCAGAUUUAUCACAACUGGAUUUUAGGUACAGUUCUGUCAGAGCAAGGUCUUUCAGAAAUAACUUUCCACUGUUCUCUGUGUUUCUCUGUCACUUUAAUGUUAAAUCCAAAGGAUUACUUUUUCAUACUUGCUGACUUUUGUACUUGCACAUCAGUCUACUUUAUUCAGUGUUGAACAGCUGAUAAAGCAAAAAAAUAAAAGCCCUUGGGACCAGUCAAAA